GACAGAAAGCAACACACUCAAGAAGCAGCUGCAGCAAACAUAAAAUCAGAGACGGCAUGCAAGCGAGAAUGUGCCGCCGGCAUACAAACAUCACUAUCCCGUGGCAGAACUGAAAGCCCUGAAACUGAACCCUGACCUCGACUGCUCUCCGCCCAGAAGACAAGCACCACAAGCAGCUUCUCCCCUCUCUGACAGUGAAGGAGACCAGAAUGAACUUUUUUUCCCUGAGACCUGAGAUCGCACAAGCAGUGAAAGCAAGUUACAUUGAAUGGAGCGGGCGAUUGACCUCCACCCUGGCACACGCUGUACACGGAGAGCAACAGCUGCUGACAAAGAAAGACAAAGUCAAGGCGAAGGGAGAGAGAGAUCUUCAACUGGCGUCUAAUGUCAGCACAUCGAAACCACAGCAGAAGUGGGCCGACAGAAAGAAGAAAGGCUACGGAAACCAGCGAAGGUGGAGUUGCGGCUUGUGUAAGACUGACGACCAUGUAUUCAGAGAAUGCAAGAGAUGCAAGCUGUGUAAGCAGGAGGGACAUUGGGCCACAGACUGUCAGGAGAAGGAAAAAACAGACUGAAGCAAGAGAGCAGAGAGCAGCGAAGGGGGGGCCGGAGACAGGGCGAUCGGCUGCUGGCUACAAGACAGGGAAGUGAACAUUUCUUUACCCACACACACACACACACACACACACACAUACACUGAUUACAUACUGCUCUCUGCAAUGAAGACAAUGCUUGCAAAUCUUUCAGUGUGACUGAUGAAGUUUUAUGUGGUAAUGUUUCGGAUGAAUGUUUGAGAAUGUGCAAAAGUUCAGGGUUUUUACAAAUGCAGAGAUAUCAAGUGUUAGUUGAUGGGACAUUAGUAGAUUUUUUUUGGGUAGAUUCUGGGGCUGGCCAUACUAUGAUACGACCAUGUGACUUGCCAUGUGUCCCAAAAUUGACAGGUUCAGUGCAUAAAGAGCACUUUGGCCUAGGGCCAUUUGAUUUCUGAAAAAUUCACAGUGCCCUUAGAGUAUGAGUCAAAGGAGAAGGGGAGAACAUUUAAACAUGCGUUUUUGUGUUCACCAGCUUGUCCGGUACCUCUAAUGGCCAGAGAUUUAAUGUGUGAAUUAAAUUUGACCCUUACUUCCUUUGGAAUUAGCAUUUAAGAAGAACCACAAAAUAUGUUGUUCUAAAUUGGAACCGCAAUGGGCUUAUGAAUGGUGUGUGAAAAAUGAUGAUUGUGCAAAAAUGAUCUUGAAAUUGGCAAAGGAUCGAACAAUGUCAUUUAACACAGAAAAUAUGACGCCUGACCAGUUACACUGCACGUCACAUGUCGUAAUCGAACGAGAACCACAAUAUGAACAGGGGUGGUUUAACGGGGCAGAAAAUGAGAGUGUGAAAUUUUAUACGAUUUUCUGGGCAGGAAAUGUAUGUGUGUGCUCUCAGCUUGCCUGACAGAAAAACAAAUGCAGUUCUAUUUUGAUCAGUGUUCAAGGCCAAAAGCAGCUGUGAGCAGAUUUGGGCCCCUUUGUGAGAGAAUGCAUUAAAGCAACAGAUUGGGCUAAAUAAGUGCAGGCGUGAAACACAGCAAAAGAAUAGGAGCAUUUAUGUCAAAAGAGAUGGAGAAGCAUGGAAGGGGGCUCUGACAGAAGUACCUCCUAGGUUAUGGGUUAAACACAAAUAUGAUGUGGGUUUAAUCAAAGGAUGGGAUAGUCAAACCAAAAUCUGAUUACAGACCGUGUCAAGUGCAAUGCCCCCUAAAACGGGAGGCAUCGCAGGGUAUUAUGCCAGGUUUUGACUCAUUGUUGAGAGAAGGCAUAAUUAUACCAUGUCAUGAUUCUCCAGUUCGCACUCCAAUCUUCCCUGUGAAGAAAAUAAGAGAUAAGAAUUCACCAACUGAGUGGUGAUUUGUGCAAGAUCUUCAGGCCGUAAAUUCAGCUGUCAUUGCUAGGGCGGCACGUGUAUCAAACCCUUACACAAUUUUGUCACAAAUUCCGCAAAAUGCAAUGUAUUUCACUGUGGUGGAUUUGGCUAAUGAUUUCUUGAGCGUCCCAGUGGACCAGAAGAGUCAGUUUUGGUUUUGUGUUUGAUUUUGACAAUAAGGGUCAUACGUUCACAUGGUUGUGCCAGGGGUACACUAAAUCCCCAACGAUCUAUAAUGAAGCGCUUCGAAGAAGCCUUGAACCCCUAACACUGACAGCUGGAACGGCUUUGUUGCAGUAUGUGGAUGAUUUGUUGAUCUGUGCAUGUGAUGAAGCUAUGUGUGUAACUGACUCAGUGUCUCUUUUGAAGCACUUAAAACAGGAGGGACACAGAGUUAGUCUUUCAAAAUUGCAGUUUGUGAAACAGGAAAUAAAGUUUUUGGGAAAUGUUAUCAGACCAAACAGUAAAUCCAUCUGUGACAAACGGGUACAGGCCAUAAAAGAUGUGCCAAAACCAAUUACAAAAAAACAUUUAUUGUAAUUUUUAGGAAUGUGUGCUUAUUGUCGUACAUUUAUUCCUAAUUAUGACAUUCUAGAACAGCCUUUGCGAGCCCUGAUGACAGGGAAAGGGCUGAGGUCACGUGACAAGCUUGCUUGGACAAGCGAAGCCGCAGAGGCAUUUGCUAACAUGAAAGAGCAAAUGGCUCUGGCUCCCUGCCAGAUGUAAACAAACCGUUUGUUCAGAUGACUGAUGAGAAAAAUGGGUUUAUGACUUCUGUUCUUUUGCAGAAUCAUGGAGACAGACUGCAACCGGUGGCAUAUUUCUCAUCCAAACUUUAUGCAGUGGCAGCUGCUGAACUGGGAUCCAGGGAAUUUGUGGGGUAUUCUGAUUUAACUUUGAGGGUUCCACACGCAGUUUCCAUGAUUUUGCAAGAGCAGAGAACGUCACGUUUAUCUACAGCCUGAUGGCUGAGGUACCACACAAUUUUAUUGGACAUGCCAAACAUAACUGUUAAAAGAUGCACAACUUUGAAUCCUGCCACACUCCUCCCAGCAGAGGAGGAUGGCGAGGAGCAUCAUUGUUGUCUGUCAGCGCUCGAACAAGUGUGCACACCGCGCCCAGAUCUAUUAGACACGCCAUUAGACAAUUGUGACAAUAUCCUCUUUGUGGAUGGGUCGGCUUCCAAAGAUCCACAAACAGGAAAGAAUAAGGUUGGUUACGCGAUAACCACUGAAUUUGAGGUCGUGACAUCUGGCAAACUGCCAUCAAAUUAUUCAGCUCAGGAAGCUGAACUGGUUGCUUUAACAGAAGCAUGUAAACUUAUGGUAGACAAAUGUGUGACAAAAUACACAGAUUAGCAUUAUGCCUUUGGGGUAACACAAGAUUUUGGUGCUUUAUGGAAGCACAGAAAAUCUCUGAAGUCAGAUGGUCAACCAAUAUUAAAUGCGUCUCUUGUGUCUGAGCUUUUGGAGGCCGUUCUUUUACCAGACAAGGUCGCGAUUUGCAAGUGCGCAGCGCAAACUAACGAUAACAGUUCAGUAUCAACAGGAAACGCACGAGCAGACGUGGCAGCGCAGGAUGCGGCAGCGAUGGAGACAAAAGUGACUACGUGUGUUUUGAUAUCUGACAAUAACCUCAACAUUUGUUCUUGUUUACAGAGCAUGCAAACUUUUUCCACAGGCAAGGAGAAAACCCGAUGGAAGGCAGCUGGCUGUAACUUUGAGGAGAAUGUGUGGAUGAGCUGUGAUGGCAUGCUUUGUUUACCCAAACACUUCUUUCCUCAUUAUGGAAAGUUGAUACAUGGGUUAGACCAUAUAUCAAAAGCGGGGAUGGUUGCACAGAUGAAAGAAUUGUGGUUUACAAAGGGUUUCACGAUAUUUGCUGAACAUUUUUGCAAAAGGUGUGUUAUUUGUAACACACAUAAUGUGGAAAGGGGGAUAAAAACACCUAUAGUAUCUCAACCACCAUCAGGGGGGGCCUUUUGAGCAUCUGAUGAUGGAUUUCAUCGAGUUAACCCCUUGUGGGAAACAGAAAUACUGCCUGGUGAUGGUUGACAUGUGGUCCAAAUGGGUUGAGGCCUUCCCAACCUCGGAACAAGACUAACGAAGGCUAGCGAAGGCUCUUUUAACCGAGAUUGUUCCGAGAUGGGGAAUUCCAAGGAAAAUCAGCUCGGACAAUGGGACACACUUUGUCAAUGAAGCAAUAAAGCAGGUGGGUCGGGUUUUGGGAAUUGACAUGAGAACACACUGCAGUUAUUGAGAGGGAGAAUCAAACAAUCAAGAACAAAUUGGCUAAGUGCUGUGAGGAAACUGUGCUCACAUGGGUUAAAGCACUCCCAAUUGUGUUGAUGUACAUGAGAAUGAGAAAAAGAGUCAAAACAAAUUUAAGUCCAUUUGAAAUACUCUUUGGUAGACCACCAUUCAUGGGAAUAGAAAGGGGUAGACAAAGGUUGCCAUCAACAGAUCUGUGUGAGAAUGACAUGUUGAAUUAUUGCAAAGAAAUGUCUUCUCUGUUGUCCAAUGUUUGUGUUCAGGUGAAAAGCUGCAUAAGAUCAGGCCUGGCGAUUUUGUUGUGAUUCGUGACCUGAGGAGAAAGAGCUGGAAGGCCAAAAGUUGGCUGGCACCAUUCCAAGUGCUACUAACGACUCACACGCCAGUGAAGGUCGCAGAGAGAUCUACGUGGGGGUUCAUGCCAACCAUCGCAGGAGAAUCAGCAACGGGAAGAGAUUGUUCCGAGUGAAUGUCAAUAAACGCCGAAGUCAAGUCUGAACACCAAGUACCACUAUCAGUGGAAGAGCAAGGCCAACCACAGAGGAUAACACAGCCUGUGUACAGAUUGGACCCCAUCGUGUGGUCACAAGCAGUAAUCAUUGUGAAGAGGUACGAACUGAAAAUAAUUCAAGAGUAUUAACAACAGAACAUUCUAGGUGUGUGUGUUUAAGAGGUGCCAGAUACAAGAGGAAGAGGCAGGCAGCCCUAGUUGUGGAAACAGCAUCCGGCCGGGCACCGUUAAUCAGCAAAACAGAUAAGACUCUGAGUGCGUCAAAGACUGAACUCCUCCACUUGCAUUCUGAUCACACAGCUGUAGUACUGAUCUAGCAAACGGAAGAAAGGGAGCGUCCAAGACCGUGGCACCCAUUCAGAGUGCAGGGAAUGUGUGGUCUGGGUAAGAGUAUGUGCAUAAUGACUUUGCUUGCAGUGACAAUUUGUAUGAUAAUACUGCACCUUACCGAGGGCCUGAGAGUGUUAUUAACAGAAAACCAAACCAACUGGACUGAGACAACAGCUCCAAACGAUACCAUCCGAUGGUUCAAGAGAAGCGCAUUUAUGUUCGUGGAGCCAACGCAUGGCCUGGAAGGAGAAAUCAUCACGAUUCAGGAAGGAACGAAUGUGACUUUCAACUGCAACCCGUUCCAAAAGAACUGUCCGAACUGUGAGGGACACAGCGAAGAGUAUGCACCUUUCUAUGUCUGCAGAGAUCCAUGCAAGUGGGGCGACGUGAAAGCGUACUACUAUGACUACAAGAAGGAACCGACUGGUAUGAGACGAUUGACAUAAUUACAGUUGAAGCAGCUCCAACAACGACGACAAGACCUUUUGAGGCACCUGAGCUCGAACGAGAGACAGAGGAAAAGAUGGCUUGGAUGGGAAAUGGAGACAUAAGAAAAGGUCAAGCGAAUCCUGAAGUGCAGAAGGCCAUGAUGAGUUGUCAAGGGAACAAAGCCUGUGCUCUGGCGAUGUUGCAAAAGGAAGAACUGGAGAUAUCAACGAGCUGCUGGCUCUGUCUGCAAAUGUCUCAUGCUUGGAAAGCGGUCCCACUGACUGUAGCAACAGCAGAAGAAACAAAGUGUCUGAUUCCACAGCAAAUGACUGAUGUGCUCAAAGCUGUUAGUGAUCUGGAGAAAGGAAAGACACCAACGAGGCGACCUGCAGACAACUGCGACCAUGUACAGCAGUAUAACCACACUGAUAUGGCGAUUCCACCUCUGAGAGUGACGGCGACACAGGGUGAUGUAUGCAUCUGUCUGGACAACGGGAGACGGAUUAAAACAGGUUGGUCCGAUUGCAGGGUCAGAAUCAAUGUGAAGGAUGGAACAAUGGACAAUUGUACAGCCGUCAUCAACGACAAAGAAGUCAACUUCACAUGCCCAUUCAGCAAGCCACAUGAAACUUCACCUGCAGCUGUGUGGGUGUGUGGCAACAGGGCAUUUCAUCGGAUGCCAAAGAAAUGGGCAGGGUGUUGUUAUCCAGCGUUAAUGAAUGUGGGUACAUCUGUGUAUUUGCCAAACAGGGCACCCGGGGUGGGAAGGAAAAAAAGAAAUGUUGAAAUUUUGCCUGGGGUAUUGCCAAAGCACUAUGCAGGGUAUACAUUAUCCGAUCCGUGGACGACGCCUGGAGAAAAUGUGGGGUGGUCAUUAUUCUUAGGGGUGGGUACAACAGUAACAAUUAAUAAGAUAAAUGGGCUAGCAUGGACAGUUUUAGCAAUAGCUAAUAGCACAGAAAAUGCUUUGACAAUGAUAAAUGAUGAAAUGAAACAGUUAAGAGAUGCAGUCAUUCAAAACAGGUUGGUUCUUGAUAUGUUAACUGCAGAGAAAGGGGGAGUUUGCAAAAUGUUGGGAAUGUCUUGUUGUUUCAAUAUUCCAGAUUACAGUGACAACAUCACAAAUGUAAUUGAACACAUGAGAAAAGCCGUACAGGAGCCAGAACAUAUUGAAAGUACAUGGGUUACUUGGUUUAUGAAUCUCUGGGGAGGAUGGGGGUAUUGGCUGAUUCAAACUGUGUUACCAAUUGCGGUGAUAGGACUGUUAAUAUUGUUAUGUUUACCAUGCAUCAUAACGUGUGUUUCCAGCUCAGUACAGAGACUGGUUAAAGCAGGGGUAUCUGUCCAAAUGGUAAAAAUGACAGUAUAUCCAGAGGGUGACGAAAACAAAUAUGGUGAUACGAGCAGCGAGAGCUACUGUGAAAUGUGUUAAAUUGUGAAAUAUGUUUUUCUUCCCCUGAGAAUGUUUUGAUUGGUAAAGAGGGUUAUAAGCAGCUGUCAUCCGUGUUACGAGAUAACGUACAAGGAGAGGGUUUUGAAAUGAGGGAUUUUAUUAUACUUUAUUCUUUGUAUUUUUAUAGCCUGCUGACAUAACCAAAAUGUUAAAUUGAUGUGUUUUUCCUACUUAAUCUGUACACUAUUUCUUGUUUAUACUGAAGUGACUGAGGGUCUGAUUUUAUGUCAGAUGUGCAGUAACGGUGUUUACUCAUUUAGCCUGGCUUCAGAUAAAGUCUUUACUUGCUUGCUAAUACUUAGGGGACUAUCCCCACAAAAAACAGCCUAAGCCUUUUAUUUUUCCAAAUGUUAUUUCACAAAUGUUUAAGAGAGUGAUCAUUUAUGCAAAAAUCAGAGAUGAAGAGUGUAAGUGUGAUGAUAUGACUUAAAAUUUGUCUUAUUGUUUAUUAUUGUGAUUGAGUAAUCUGAAUGAUAAAAAGCGGGGAAUUGUUGUAGAAAUUUUCGAUAAUCAAUGGUCAAAGACUCAGUCAGCGCACAGGAAUGCCAUCUGGUCGUCCGAUCUGGAAGGAGAGAAGACAUUGGGAAAUUUAUGUUUGAACAAGGGACAGUAUUUACAACUGAAAAGCAGAACAGAGACACCUCGGUCCAGGCUGAGUGGGGACCUCUGCCCUCUUCAGGUCAGAGGUCAUGUAGUACAGGGGGUACGUUUGGGCUGGUUAAUAGUAAAUCAGGCCUAGUAGCCUAGUCCCUGUAUCAGAGGGAGAGAAGGGGGGAGUAAGAUCUGCUUCUGCCAGUUGACCUCGGGGGGAGAAAUGUAUAAGAACGGCAGCCCUGCCUGAUAAAAACACUCUCUCAUGACACAGACGAGUUGCUGUGUACUGACUGGGUCCUUCUUGCAAGAAUAAAUACUUUUA